AUGCAGGAGGUUCUUGAGAAGUUUCAAAGUAACACUAACAAAUACAGAAAAAUACAAAAACAACAACACCAACACCAACAACACCAACAACAACAACACCAACAACAACAACAACACCAACAACAACAACAACAACACCAGCACCAACAACAGCACCAGCACCAGCAACAGCAGCAACAACAGCAGCGCCAACAGCACCAGCAACAACGCCAACAAACGCAGCAACAGCACCAACAGCACCAGCAACAACGCCAGCAGCAAGCACCGAAGCAACCAACCAGCACCAACAACAGCACCACAACAGCACCAACAGCAAGCACCAGCGCCAACAGCAAGCACCAGCAACCGACACCAGCAAGCAACAGCACCAGCAACAACAGCAGCAACAGCAACACCAGCAACCAGCACCAGCACCAGCAACAGCAACAGCAACAACAGCAACCAGCACCAGCCAGCAACCAGCACCAGCAACCAGCACCAGCGCAACAACCAGCACCAGCAACAGCACCAACAGCACCAACAGCACCAAAACAACCAACCGCCAACAACAGCACCAACAACACCAGCAACCACAACCAGCACCAGCAACGCCAACAGCAGCACCAGCGCCAGCACCAGCAACCAGCACCGAGCAGCAAGCCAACCAGCAACCAGCAACAACGACAGCAGCAACCAGCGCCAACCAGCGCCAGCACCAGCAGCAAUGACAGCGCCAGCAACCAGCCAGCCCAGCAGUACAAGACGCCAGCGGCAAACCAGCCAACCAACCAACCAGCAAGCAAUGACGCCAGCACCAGCAACCAGCAAGCACCAGCGCAGCACCAGCACCAGCCAGCAACCAAGCAACCAGCACCAGCAAACAACCAACAAUAG